GAUGUUUCAUUAGGGGUGGAAUUCGUUGCCACACUGCGCCGACAGGGCUCGCAUAUCCUCACAUGAAUGGAAAGAUAUUAGCGAUAAAAGCCUCGACGCGGGAAUGGAAAUUGGAUGCAGGGACUUCAGAGUUAACGCAAUUUCGUGUCCGACGAUUUAACGCUUUUAACACCUUUCCCCGUAAUUUAAUCUACAGUGUGUUUUCUGUAAAGUGUGUAGAGCAUAAGCUAAGUAGCUGCUAGCCUCAGGCUACCAGUGCGGCUAGGGUAACGUUACCGUUGUCGUUAGCCGGCCGUGCCUGUUUAAGUUGACGUAGACCAACAACAGAGCAAACAUGAUUGAAAGUAUAUUGGAUCUCCCGGUGGAAAAGCAGAUCUUUUAUGCUGUUUUGGUGUUUUCAUGGACAGUGUAUGUAUGGGAGGCGUACCUUUCUUACAGACAGAGAAGGAUAUACAGAUCAACAAGUCAUGUACCGCAGGAGCUGGGCAAGAUCAUCGAUUCUACAACGUUUGAGAAGUCGCGUCUCUAUCAGCUGGACAAAAGCAACUUCAGCUUUUGGUCUGGACUCUACUCUGAAUCUGAGGGCACGUUGAUCUUACUCUGUGGUGGAAUACCGUUCCUGUGGGGCGUCGCUGGCACGGUGACGACGCGCUUUGGAUUUGGGUCGGAUUACGAGAUCACCCAGUCCCUUGUGUUUCUGACACUCGCCACCCUGUUCAGUGCCUUCACGGGACUUCCAUGGAGUUUGUACAACACGUUUGUCAUUGAGGAGAAGCACGGCUUUAAUCAGCAGACGUUGGGGUUCUUCCUCAGAGAUGCUGUCAAGAAGUUUGUUGUGACCCAGUGUAUCCUGCUGCCCGUGACCUCGCUGCUCCUGUACAUCAUCAAGAUUGGAGGAGACUACUUUUUUAUCUACGCCUGGCUCUUUACUCUGGCUGUCUCUCUGAUACUUGUCACCAUCUAUGCUGAUUACAUAGCUCCACUGUUUGACAAGUUCACCCUGUUGCCUGAAGGAGAGUUAAAGACUGACAUUGAGGCUAUGGCCCAGAGUAUAAGCUUCCCCCUCACAAAAGUUUAUGUUGUGGAAGGUUCCAAGCGCUCAUCGCACAGCAACGCAUACUUCUAUGGGUUCUUUAAGAACAAGCGCAUUGUGCUGUUUGACACGUUGCUGGAAGACUACUCGCCACUCAACAAGGCCGGAGAGCCACCGGCUGAGCAGCCAGAGUGCGACGAGACGUCGGACGAGGCCAAAGCCAAGCCAAAGAACAAGAAACAAGGCUGCAACAACCCAGAGAUUCUCGCUGUCCUCGGCCAUGAGCUCGGCCACUGGAAGCUUGGCCACACUGUGAAGAAUAUGAUCAUCAGUCAGAUGAAUUCCUUCCUGUGCUUCUUCCUGUUUGCUGUCCUGAUUGGACGCAAGGAGCUGUUUGUAGCUUUUGGCUUCAAUGAAAGCCAACCCACAUUAAUAGGCUUGAUGAUUAUCUUCCAGUUCAUCUUCUCCCCGUACAAUGAGCUCCUGUCCUUCUGUCUAACGGUUCUGAGUCGCAGGUUUGAGUUCCAGGCGGACGCGUUUGCUCAGCGUAUGGGCAAAGCCUCUGAGCUCUACUCUGCCCUCAUCAAGCUUAACAAGGACAACCUUGGCUUCCCCGUGGCUGACUGGUUGUUCUCCAUGUGGCACUAUUCCCACCCUCCCCUCCUGGAACGCCUCAGAGCGCUUGGCAACGUCAAGCAGGACUGACGGCGCUGGAAGGGGCAGAAGCGAUCGCCGGCUCCUCCAAAGGGCCUCCGCAAACCGCUCCUGGCCCUGUAACGCACCGUGGUCUUUCUUUACCCACCUGCAGCCCCUCUUAUUAUUUUAUCUUGAUUGUAGUCUUUUCUUCUUUUGCCGAUCUUUCCAUCGUUCCCCCCCCCCACACACACACACCUUUACACUUUGUUUUUUUUAACAAAACCAAAACAUAUCAACACAAGGCAGCCGAGGAAAUCAAAAGCCUUUCCUGAAGUCUCUGCUCUUUCUUUGGAGACUCUUUAUAUGCACAUGUUGAGAGGGAACACAUCUGGGCAUUGUGUAUUUUCAAAAAGCUAUUGUCAGAACACGGAUCAUUUGCGGUUAAUUUAGUUUUUAAGUAGUACCUAUAAAUUAAUGGAUUUUUUUUUUUAUUUAAAAGGGAAGAGUAAGUCUAUUUUGUUCUUUACGAAACCGCCACUUUACCACGGCUACGUAGUCCUGUUGUGAUGUAGACGUGACAUCUAAUUGUUCAGAGCAUACUAGAUGGAUCCUCCAGCGUAAUGCACACUUAAUAUGUUGUGAAUCAAGAGAAGCACUAAACAGAUGCAGACGUAAUGGGUAGGAAGACAGAUGACUCAUUAAAAAAAAAAACUCCUGACAAUACUUUUUGCAGAUUAACUGGCCAAAAUUUGAUUUGUCACUUUUUUUAUGCAUUACCCCUGGGCAAGCUCAUGAGAACACACGUUUUGUCAGUCGUCCAAUUCCCAGUUUUGCCAGAGGGGCAAUGUAGAUGCUUUAUUACACUGGAAAAAAAAAAGUGAGUGCCUCAAAAUAUUGCUGUUUUUUUUUCCAGGUAAUUGAAAUGUUAAUGAAUGGCAGUGCAGAUAAUGUUUAUUUGAGAUUAGGUUACACUUCAGUUUUACAUGCAUGGGGAGGGGGGGGGGUUGUUUUACUUUUUCUAAAGCACUUGCUUGCCACCAACGGUGCAACCAUAUCUGUAUAUAUGUAACUUUGCCUAGUAGAGUAUUGACGUAUCAAGUGAAUUGUAAAAAACUGUUGACUGUGGAUUGACAUUUUAAGUUGAUAUGGUGUUUUGUUUUUUUUAGUUUUUUCUCUCAGAUUUUGGGCCGGUGUGAAUGCAGAGUGUCCUGGAAAGCAAAGUAUAAAUAACGAGACUGGGGGGGGGGGGGUCCUUUCGCAGUGAUUGGUUUGUUCAAAGAGGGGAUUGUAUACUUCCUUUGCAGCGUUGAAUAAAUUCCUUAAAAGCAUUA